CUCUCAGCUCACAGGGACAGAGAGGAGAGCGAUGCGAAGGGAUGUAAGAUGGCAGAGCUACAAAUGCUAUUAGAGGAGGAGAUCCCCGCCGGCAAAAGAGCGCUUGUGGAGAGCUACCAGAACCUGUCCCGGGUUGCGGAAUACUGUGAAAACAACUAUGUCCAGGCCCAAGACAAGAAGAAGGCCCUGGAGGAGACCAAGGCCUACACCACCCAGUCUCUGGCCAGUGUGGCCUACCAGAUCAAUGCCUUAGCUAACAAUGUGCUGCAGCUGCUGGACAUCCAGGCCUCGCAACUGCGACGCAUGGAGUCCUCCAUCAACCACAUCUCCCAGACAGUGGACAUUCAUAAAGAGAAGGUAGCACGCCGGGAGAUCGGCAUCCUGACCACCAAUAAAAACACCUCUCGCACCCACAAGAUCAUUGCCCCGGGCAACAUGGAGCGACCGGUGCGCUACAUCCGAAAGCCCAUCGACUACACACUGCUGGAUGAUGUGGGUCACGGCGUCAAAUGGCUUAAAGCCAAGCAACAUGGGAACAAUGCAGCAGGGCGAGGAGGGACACUCGCUAGGACCAACCCCCCGACACAGAAGCCCCCAAGUCCUCCCAUGGCUGGUCGUGGUACCCUGGGGCGUAACACUCCCUAUAAGACACUGGAGCCAGUGAAGCCCCCGGUGGUGCCUAAUGACUACAUGACGAGCCCAGCACGACUGGGCAGCCAGCACAGCCCUGCACGCACAGCCUCACUCAAUCAGAGGCCCAGGACACACAGUGGCAGCAGUGGGGGCAGUGGCGGCAGGGAGAACAGUGGAGGCAGUGCAGUCAGUCUCCCUCUGGCAGUUCCCACCCCCUCCCCUCCCAGUUUGGGGCAAGUGGUGACGUCCUCAGCCUCAGUACCCCAGGGCCCCGGCUUGGGUCCCAUCCCCAUGUCCCAGUUCGGCACCAUCUCCCGCCAGAUCUCCCGUCACAACUCCUCCACCACCUCCUCAGCCUCCAUGGUGUCGGCCACUGGCACCUACCGCCGCGCACCCUCCGUCUCCUCCCAGCAGCCUCACAUCAACGGGGGCCCUGCUUACACACAGAACUCAAUGUCUGUGGCUCCUCCGCCUCCUCCUCCCAUGGUCCAGCUGACCCCACAGAUCCCACUGACCGGCUUUGUAGCCAGAAUGCAGGAAAGCAUAACAGACAGCCCUGCCCCACCUCCCCCUCCUCCACCCGAGGACUUAGGAGUGUUUGAGGAACCCUCUCCUCCUCCUCCUCCACCACCUGUGGACUAUGAAGAAGAAGAUGCAUCAGUGGUUCACUACAGUGACCCCUACGCUGACGGAGACCCCCAAUGGGCCCCCAAGGCUUAUUUAGAGAAAGUUGUGGCCAUCUAUGACUACAGCAAGGACAAGGAGGAUGAGCUGUCCUUCAUGGAGGGAGCCAUCAUCUACAUAAUCAAGAAGAACGAUGACGGCUGGUUCGAAGGGGUCUGCAACGGCGUCACUGGACUCUUCCCAGGAAACUAUGUGGAGUCCAUCAUGCACUAUGCUGACUAAAAAGAGAAGGAGACAAAAGCAGCACUGCAGUUUUGAGCACAGAUAAAAAAGUGAAGAUGUACAGAUGUAUGCAGUGCAGCAAACCAUUCAUUCAGCUCCUGUUUUCAAUGAAGUGCCAUGGUGAAGUCUGUGGAAUAUACAAAAUGGUUUUCUUUUAGGGGAGCUUGUGCUUCCACGGUUUUGUUCUGCUCCAAAAGAAAAAAGUCACAAUGAAGGAGGGAGGUGAAGCUGUAGAUGACUGUGGUCUGUUAGUUUACACUGUGGAUGACAAGCAGAAGAUAAACCCCUUUGUUUCUACUGCCGUCACAUCUGUGGCGGUCGGUUGGACUUUUCAAACUGGGUCACGUUUUGCCUCACAAUAAAUUUCAAUGAAUGAAAAUGUUUUCAGAGAAUACCAUACAAAUAUGGAUGUAGUGUUACCUUGGGCAUGUGCAGCCAACGCUUCUAGUAUUUAUUGCACAUGGUAUACGACUGACAUUUAAAGCCAUAUUAUAGAAACAAAAAAUCUGAGAUUUUGAUAUUAUUUCAAGCAAAAUGCCUUUUUUUUUUUGGGAAAUAGCAGUAAGGAAGGAGAAUCCAUGCUUGCCUAAGUUCCACUCAUUCUGCAUCCAAAAUCUUCUUCCAUCUCAGUGUUUCUUUAAAAAUUACAAAACCCCUCUGAAUAUCAUACAGAUGUAGCUUACGAUAACCUGGCAGUCAACAGAUAAUAAACAUUC